AUGGAGGUGAGGGACGGGAGCGGGACAGGGACCCACACGGGCACCGGGGUUCGCUGUGCGCCCUCACCCGUCACACACCCAGCGGGCCGCCGCGGCUGUUGUGGGCUUGACCCCCUGGGCGCUGAGGAGGCACCGAGGCCCGACCCCGGUGCGUGUCCGAGCCCCGCUGCCCUCUUCGGGAUCCGGCGCCCUCUCGUGUGGGAGCAGCCCAACGUGGCGUUCCGAGGCGGUGGCCGCUGCUGGGGCAGUGCGGAAGGGGGCGGGAGGCCCACGGACGUGUUCAGCGCCGCCCUGCCGGGCUCUGCCUCGCUCUAUGGCUGCUACAAAUCACAGAAUGAAGAAAAUGUGGAGUUACCUCAGGCCUACAGUUCUUCCCUUUCAACAUCAGAGUACUCUGCACCCAUGGACCCUUCCCUUUUGUACCCCCCUUGGUCUACGUGUACAGAUGACACCAAGCAGCCUGCUGCUCCUCAGAUUAACCUGAAGUCCAGGAUUCAGCCCGAAAGGAAUGAUUAUGGCAGUGAAACUGAUUUGUAUGGACUCGUGUCCAACAUCCUGGAAGAGCAAGACAAACCACAGCCGUGCUUUGCUGAGGGGAGUUGUCCUCCCACCCUGAAGUCAGUGUGGCCAGUGAACACAAGCAGAAUGGAGCACCAUGAGCUGUUGCCAGAAAGCAGGCGGGCAGUUGUUGGAGCAGUGCCCCAGCAGGGUUUCUAUGGUACGGAGUCCCUCCCUGCUGCUGACAAGCAGUUCCUGCAGAGUCCCACCCUGGUGCCACAGCAGAAGGCAGACGAUUGUUACUGCGGCUUUGGCGGCGUGGACCUGGAAGAGCAGAGCUUGUACUCUGCCAGGAGUGAUCGUGCCAAUGGCUGCAACUUGCAGGCUAAUGAGAGUGUGAAGACAACACCUGUCUAUCAGAACUACCCCUACCUGAAAAACACCUUUGCAGCCCAGGCUGGGUACUCAGAAGCAAUCAAAGACUUGGGAGCCGAUGCUUAUUCUUAUGGAAGGGAGAAGGUGUGUCCCAAGGGAGCAGAGGCACAGGUGCACCCAAAGCGGGCUGAAACAUUCCUUCCACAGUGUCACAGAUACAAUGAGAACACAGAUUUUACCAGGUACACUGAAUAUUCUCAUGCUGGUAAAGCAAAGCCCAACAAGGGCACCAGUUGUAGCCUCCAAGAAAAUAGAAAGCUGGUAAAUGGAACCCCUGAGGCACCAUCUCUGGAUGCAGAGCCCUACGCUAAAUUAUUUCAAGUUAAAUCAGGAACUCAGAAAAAAUUUGAAGAUACAAUUUCAGAUCAGCAUGACUUUACAUUUCCCAAGUCUGUAGGACUUGUAUCAGAAAAACAAUUUGCAAGCGAAUCUUCCUUCAGCACUGAUUUUGGGCAAAAAUUUGAAUAUGGACUAAAAUCUUUUGCAGCUUGUCCAGGGAAUAAUGGUGUGGAAAAGCAGCAGUUUUCCAAGGCCGAUCUUCAGAAUCCUGAAUUCUACAAAUCACUCCCACUGUUGCCCAGUGCAGCAGUCCCCUCAGCAGGCUCUAGCGCCAGGCCAGGGUGGAUGAACAUCCAAACCAAACCCACAGCCUCUGGCCCUUUCCAGAAUCCAAGUCCUUUGUUGAAACUGAAUAAUCAGUCACCUGCAUUUCCAAAAAGCUCUCGUCAUUCUAAUGAUGUUUUUCAGUUGCCAUCUUCAAAUUUGCCUUUAAAUAGUAAUUUACUUCACAAGUACUGUCAAGACAACCCAUUCCUCUCCAGCCUUGACUUCGGCUACAGCACUGCAGAGCGAGCUCGGGCAGCUGCGUGCAUGGAAGCCCUGGUUAGGGGUGGGGAAGAGAACCUCAUCGAGUACCUCAGUGAGAAGAAGUUGAAGCAGCCCAAUGGAUUCUGUGACAGUUACUUGGCUCAGCAGUUGGGGAUCAUUGAUAAUCUGAACAAACAGCGUUUCCAGCUGAAGCCACAGAGCGAGCACUGCGAUCUGGAAGGGCAGAACCAGGUGGAUGGGGUGUUCCAGGACAUGUACCAGGAGUUACUGGAAUCUCAGGGGCAGCUGCAUCUCGGGGCAGGGAAUGGGGACACCAGUGCCAUUGGUGCUGGGAGCUGCCUGCAGGCUCCAGGCAUUCCCAACUGCGUGGUGGGUGACUUCAGGAGGAACCGGCAGCUGGGCCCCAGCACCUUCCCCAUGAGAUCUGCUCACCUCUUGGGCCGCUCCGUGGUGCCUCUGGUGGAGCCUCACACCUUGUUCUCCCAGGACGAUCUCAAACGCCUCUACCCCUGCUUCACAGAGAAGAUGUAUGGUGACAAUGCCCUUUCUGGUUUUGUGUCAGCAUUUGGAUUUCAAAAGCAAGUUAAAAGUCGCAGUGGGCCUGCCAGCGAGCUGCAUGUGAGACUGGAAGAGUGUUAUGAGCAGUGGAGAGCUUUGGAGAAAGAAAGGAAGAAGACUGAAUCAGCUCUUGCUAAGAAUUUCCAAGGGAAGAAGGUUUCCAGUACUAACAACAUUCCAAUUCCAAGGCUGACAUCAAAUCCAUCAAGGGUUGAUCGCUUAAUUGUGGAUCAGCUACGGGAACAAGCCAGAGUUGUGACUCUGCUGGGGAAGAUGGAGCGCCUGCGCAGUUCCCCGCUGCACGCCAACAUCUCCACUGCUCUGGACAAGCACCUGGAGUCCAUCCACGUGGUGCAGGCUCGCAGGAAGGAUGAAAUUGUCAGCGCCUCCAGCCGGCAGCGGCACGGCCCUCCCAGGUGCCAGGAUGAGAGAGUGGUGCUGGCUCUGGCCGCGGCGCUCCGGGCCCUGUGCCUGGCCACGCGCAAGGUCCGCACCGUGCUCUGGUGCGCCUUCCAGAUGACCCUGCCCAAACCCUCCGCUGGCAAACGGGCUCGGGAGAGACUUCCUCAGGAGGGGGCGGCGCCCGAAGAGAAACGAGCCGAGACCCCCCCGGCUGCGGCCGCGGCCCCGCGAGGGCCCAGGGAAGGGGGGGCAGAGGGAGCCCCGGGGCCGUGCACGGACCUGCUCCGCAGUGUGUAUGAGAGAGGAGACGUGAAUUCCUCAUAA